UGAUGCACAUGAGGAGAGGUGUGCUGACCUCACCAGCUACAAGAACAAUUCAUACCAGAUCAUCGAUCAAUCACAGUUCAAGAAAAUCAUACCAACCAAGUAACCUGGAUGUCACGUGACUGUAAGGGAUGUCCCGUAAACAUCAACAAGAUAUCACACGAUUAUACGUGUGACAAGAAUGUUGCAUGAUCACUGAAUUUUAUGUGAUUACCGAAUGUUGGAUUUUAAGGCCACAUGAUCAUCAGAAUUUAACACAAUUUAACAAUUUAACACUGAAAUGUCAUUUGUUCACAGGGAUGUCAAAAGAUCGCUGGGAUCGUAAGUGAUCUUCACAAUGUAACCUCAACUCGGGGGGUCUCCCAUGGUAACUGACGGAUGUCACGUGAUCACCUGGAACUUGCUCUGAUAAUCAAUAUUGUACAUAGUAACCAGAAUUCAUAGAGAUCUUCAUUUCACGGUGCUAUUGAUAUUUUAAAAAUGAUUUUAAAGAUUGUUAUAUUUUCAGUUUAAUGUAAAAUGUCUGAAAAUGCGAAGGACAGAGACUUAAAGCUUGAAGGUGAAGCUUCUGAAGAGCAGGAAAAUUUGACAACGAAGACCCCGGAGUAUGAAGAGAAAGAGACAAAAGAAGCUUUUUUGUCCGUUAAAUUUGACAAUUUAUCGGUAACAGACAGUCCUGCACCUGUCAGAGUUAAACACGUUAUUACACUCAGUGAGACUAAGGUUGUUGCUCGAAAACCCUCCAACAAAUUAACCAAAAAAUCCUCGAAAAAAUGUCUAAUCCGCAAAAGUAAGCUGGCCUUGCUGGUGACAGAAAAUCCGCCAAAGGAUUGUCAAGUUUUCGGAGAUUCCUGCAGCGAGGACCUCGGGAGUUUCAGCCAGAUCUCCCUGAGGGAACAGGGGAAUGACGAGGAGGAGGAGAGGAAGAAUGAGUUUAACGGACCAGCAUUCAACAGUCAUUCGAGAGGUGCGGGUAAAAGGAAAAGAUCUACUACCCCUGAAACUGAAAGUAUUAAGACUGGAUUGAUGAGUACAUGUAGUGAACAGGCCCGGCUGCAGUACAGUGAUGUUAACCCAGAUGAUUUGGCAGGAUACCUAGAGGAUAUGAUGUUCUUUCCUAAAAAGAUGUCGUACAUGGCAGAGAUGAUGUACACAUGACAAUACUGCUUAAGACAAUCGUAUCUAUGUACGUAAACACGUACACAGAAAGAUCAAUGAAUUUGACCAAUGUAUUGUCCAAAAAAAAAGGAUUUUUAUUUUCUUUUACUUGUCUUAUUUUAAAUAAUUAAUUUUCA